CCCCACACCACCCGGCCUUGGCUGGGGCAGGUCGUGGAAAAGAAAGGCGAAGGGAAGAGAGACGACCUUUCAGCGAAGGCCCCCUACGUGCCAGGCCCCUGGCCUGGCGCCUCUUGCUUCCACUGCGGCCCCGGGGCCAUGCGGAGGCCCACGAGGAGGUCGGCGGCCACGCGCAUCCCGUAGCCCAGGUGGCCCAGGUCUGCACCGCGGCGGCCUCGGCGCCAUGGAGCCCCCGUAUUCGCUGACGGCGCACUACGAUGAGUUCCAAGAGGUCAAGUACGUGAGCCGCUGCGGCGCGGGGGGCGCGCGCGGGGCCUCCCUGCCCCCGGGCUUCCCGUUGGGCGCUGCGCGCAGCGCCGCCGGGGCCCGGUCCGGGCUGCCGCGCUGGAACCGGCGCGAGGUGUGCCUGCUGUCGGGGCUGGUGUUCGCCGCUGGCCUCUGCGCCAUCCUGGCGGCUAUGCUGGCCCUGAAAUACCUGGGCCCGGUCGCGGUCGGCGGCGGCGCCUGUCCCGAGGGCUGCCCUGAGCGCAAGGCCUUCGCGCGCGCCGCUCGCUUCCUAGCCGCCAACCUGGACGCCAGCAUCGACCCAUGCCAGGACUUCUACUCGUUCGCCUGCGGCGGUUGGCUGCGGCGUCACGCCAUCCCCGACGACAAGCUCACCUAUGGCACCAUCGCGGCCAUCGGCGAGCAGAACGAGGAGCGCCUACGGCGCCUGCUGGCGCGGCCCGGGGGUGGGCCCGGCGGCGCGGCCCAGCGCAAGGUGCGCGCCUUCUUCCGCUCGUGCCUCGACAUGAGCGAGAUCGAGCGACUGGGCCCGCGACCCAUGCUGGAGGUCAUCGAGGACUGCGGGGGCUGGGACCUGGGCGGCGCGGAGGAGCGUCCAGGGGUCGCGGCGCGAUGGGACCUCAACCGGCUGCUGUACAAGGCGCAGGGCGUGUACAGCGCCGCCGCGCUCUUCUCGCUCACGGUCAGCCUGGACGACAGGAACUCCUCGCGCUACGUCAUCCGCAUUGACCAGGAUGGGCUUACCCUGCCAGAGAGGACCCUGUACCUCGCUCAGGAUGAGGAGAGUGAGAAGAUCCUGGCAGCAUACAGGGUGUUCAUGGAGCGAGUGCUCAGCCUCCUGGGUGCGGACGCUGUGGAACAGAUGGCCCAAGAGAUCCUGCAGGUGGAGCAGCGGCUGGCCAACAUCACUGUGUCAGAGUAUGACGACCUACGGCGAGAUGUCAGCUCCAUGUACAACAAGGUGACGCUGGGGCAGCUGCAGAAGAUCACCCCCCACUUGCGGUGGAAGUGGCUGCUAGACCAGAUCUUCCAGGAGGACUUCUCAGAGGAAGAGGAGGUGGUGCUGCUGGCGACAGAUUACAUGCAGCAGGUGUCCCAGCUCAUCCGCUCCACACCCCACCGGGUCCUGCACAACUACCUGGUGUGGCGCGUGGUGGUGGUCCUGAGUGAGCACCUGUCCCUGCCAUUCCGUGAGGCACUGCACGAGCUGGCACGGGAGAUGGAGGGCAGCGACAAGCCACAGGAGCUGGCCCGGGUCUGCUUGGGCCAGGCCAAUCGCCACUUUGGCAUGGCGCUUGGCUCCCUCUUUGUACACGAGCACUUCUCAGCUGCCAGCAAAGCCAAGGUACAGCAGCUGGUGGAAGACAUCAAGUACAUCCUGGGCCAGCGCCUGGAGGAGCUGGACUGGAUGGACGCUGAGACCAGGGCUGCUGCUCAGGCCAAGCUCCAGUCCAUGAUGGUGAUGGUGGGCUACCCGGACUUCCUGCUGAAACCCGAUGCUGUGGACAAGGAGUAUGAGUUUGAGGUCCAUGAGAAGACCUACUUCAAGAACAUCUUGAACAGCAUCCGCUUCAGCAUCCAGCUCUCAGUUAAGAAGAUUCGGCAGGAGGUGGACAAGUCCACGUGGCUGCUCCCCCCACAGGCGCUCAAUGCCUACUAUCUACCCAACAAGAACCAGAUGGUGUUCCCUGCGGGCAUCCUGCAGCCCACCCUGUACGACCCUGACUUCCCACAGUCUCUCAACUACGGAGGCAUCGGCACCAUCAUUGGACAUGAGCUGACCCACGGCUACGACGACUGGGGGGGCCAGUAUGACCGCUCAGGGAACCUGCUGCACUGGUGGACCGAGGCCUCCUACAGCCGCUUCCUGCGAAAGGCCGAGUGCAUCGUCCGUCUCUACGACAAUUUCACUGUCUACAACCAGCGGGUGAACGGGAAACACACGCUUGGGGAGAACAUCGCAGAUAUGGGCGGCCUCAAGCUGGCCUACCACGCCUAUCAGAAGUGGGUGCGGGAGCACGGCCCAGAGCACCCACUGCCCCGGCUCAAGUACACACACGACCAGCUCUUCUUCAUUGCUUUUGCCCAGAACUGGUGCAUCAAGCGGCGGUCGCAGUCCAUCUACCUGCAGGUGCUGACCGACAAGCAUGCCCCCGAGCACUACAGGGUGCUGGGCAGUGUGUCCCAGUUUGAGGAGUUCGGCCGGGCUUUCCACUGUCCCAAGGACUCGCCCAUGAACCCUGCCCACAAGUGUUCUGUGUGGUGAGCCUGGCUGCCCGCCUGCACGCCCCCACUGCCCCCGCACGAAUCUCCUCCUGCUGGCUACCGGGGCAGGCAUGCACCCGGUGCCAGCCCCGCUCUGGGCACCACCUGCCUUCCAGCCCCUCCAGGACCCGGCCCCCCCUGCUGCCCCUCACUUCAGGAGGGGCCUGGAGCAGGGGUGAGGCUGGACUUUGGGGGGCUGUGAGGGAAAUAUGCUGGGGUCCCCAGAUUCUGCUCUAAGGGGGCCAGACCCUCUGCCAGGCUGGAUUGUACGGGCCCCACCUUCGCUGUGUUCUUGCCGCAAAGUCUGGUCAAUAAAUCACUGUACUGUU